ACUUUCAAAAUGGCUGUCAGUAUAAAAGUAACUCGCCACCUAAGUGGUUUGGAGGUUACAUAUUUUGAAUCUGCUUUUAUGGACGAUGUUUUAUGCAAAAAUCUCAAUCAGCUAAGUUCUCUGUGGUUGCAUUGGCGAUCAUACAGAGACAUUAAGUGUAGAAAAUUAUAUUAUUCGAACAAUCUUGAUGCAUAUUGUAGCCAUUUUCCGUGAGUUUUUCUAAGAAAUACUUCAGGAAUUAAAACACUCCCGUCAGUUACGGAACCAAAAGGAGAUAAUUACUCGAUAAUUUGUUUGUUUCAGUUUAUCAGUAUUGAUUGAAUUUUAAUCUUUAUCUCCAUAUACGUUGUUGUCGUGUAUCACAUACAGGCAACAUUUGGUGUGCUGAAAGUGUAAGCCCCUAUUUCUUUCAUUUGUGUGACAAGAAGCCUGUAAUAAUCAUUUCUUUGGAAAGUAUAUUGCCAUGACAACAAGAUUGGAUCGCCUUUUUCUCUUGCUGGAAACUGGUUCCACGCCUUUAAUAAGAAAGUCAGCAGCUGAGCAACUUGGAGAAGUACAGAAACUUCAUCCUCAUGAACUGAAUAGCUUAUUAUCUAAGGUUCAUAAGUUUUUAAGAAAUUUGAAUUGGGACACUCGUAUUGCUGCUGGUCAGGCUGUGGAAGCCAUUGCAAGAAAUGUACCAGACUGGAAUCCAAUUGGUCUUCCAAAAGAAGAAGGUUUUCCGAAACAGAAUUACCAGUCACCCGGAAGCCUACUAUUUUCACAUUUUGAUAUUAAUAAAGUUCUUCUGCAUGGUUCUUCAUUGCUGGGUUCUGAAGGCCAUGAAUAUGACCUUGAAGAGAGUGGUAUUGAUUUGGAUGAUAAAGAACGGUUGAUAAAACAAAGACAGCUUCUAAAUAAGCGCCUUGGUCUUGAUAUGGCCGGAACUCUUGGCAUUGAAACAGAUUCUAUUUUUAAUGAUGAAGAUCUGGCACAAAAUAAGAUGGAUACAAAUUCUAUGGAUAGAUGUAAAAAAUCUGUUGGUGAGUUAGUUAAACAGCAGUUAAUGUAUGUCACCAGUGGAAUGAGUGCCCGAGAAAGAAACAAAGCUCGACGGAAAGCAAGGAAUUUAGCCAAACAAAGGUCAAAAGAAGCACAGCAAAGCCCUCCCGUGAAAUCCAACUUUGUUGUGGCACCAGUUAGGGAAACCUGUGCACAAACACUUGGAGUUGUUAUUAAUUUGCUUGACUCUGAUGGUGUGCACAGUGUUGUUUCCGCUUUGUUGGCUCUUUUGGCACAGUCCCAGUGGGAAGUGCGACAUGGCGGACUCCUUGGGCUAAAGUAUCUGUUAGCUGUCAGGAAGAACAUGACAAAUGAACUAUUACCCAAAAUUCUGCCAUGUAUCCUUGAGGGUUUAAAAGAUGAUGAUGAUGAUGUAAGAGCAGUUGCAGCUACAGCACUUGUGCCAGUCUGCAAUGAAUUAGUCAAACUUUUACCAAAUGAGGUUCCUAAAAUUAUAGGAAUGCUGUGGGAGAUAUUGCUAGACUUAGAUGAUCUAACUGCAUCUACCAACAGUAUUAUGACCUUACUCUCAACAUUAUUAUGCUACCCUGAAGGAGAAGAAUCUACUCAAAGCUCUGAGCAUUCAUUAGUGGAAUUGGUUCCCAGACUUUGGCCAUUUCUUCGUCACAAUAUUGCAUCUGUGCGGAAAGCAUCAUUGAAAACAUUUCACACGUUACUAAAUUUGGAACAGAAUCAUCCAAAGAACUGGCUUUUACCGCUGUUGUCUGCUUCUCUACGGCAUAUCUUCCAACGAGCUCUUCUUGAAUCCAAUCCUGAGAUUUUGACUCUUGUUGAAAAAGUUUGGGGUCAGAUAUUGUUGCAAGUACCUUUAGAAAAUUUAACUGAAGCUUCUGUAGCUUGGUUAGGAGUUUGGUUUUGCCUUCUUAUGCAACCUGCAAAAAUUCCUUUUGAUCCAUCUUAUAUACUUGAAGCAAAACACAGAGGAAGAGAUCAACAGCUUCUGAAAAAUCCACUUCGUCAGCUAAAUGAAAAUUGUACGAGUUUUAAUACUGAAACUAGUACGAAACAAAAAGAUUUCCUGGGUGGUAGUGAUUGUUACAAUGAGUCUUCACUUGAAGAUGAUAUUUAUAUUACUAGAUCAAGAAUGAUUGGAGCCAAAUUGUUAGGAAAGUUAUGUACAUUCCUUACUGCAGUGGAACCAGAUGAUACAGACCCAUCAAAAUCUCUUGAUCCCAUAUGCAAGUUAAUGAUAUUUCAUCUUACUUCUAAUUCUGCUCUGCAGAGGUUUGUUGUUGCACAGAUAAUCUAUGCUUGGGGCUGUGAAAAUAAGUACCCAUCAUGCACAGACGAUCUAAAACAGCGAAUUCAUACCUGUCUAAAUGAAGCUAUUUAUUUUGAUGAAAUUGCUGUAUCAUUCACACGAAUGCAGACAGAAUGUCGUGAUUUUAUUGCUGGUCUUAAGCAGCAAGGUUUAAAUAUAGAGGAACACUUUCCACCAAGUGUAAUACUGACAUUUGAGCAGGCAUAUGCUUUAACAUCAACAGCCUUUGAUAAUUUGAAAACCAACCUGAAACCUAAGUCAUUGCAAACAUUUGAGGAGAGACGUUCACAGUUACAAAUAUGUAUUUCACAAACAACACAAGAACAGCAAACUUACAGUGUUCGUGUUCAGUGCAGUCUUGCAAUGGCAGCUAUUAUGCAAAACAUCCUGCCUGAGAAGUUAAACCCUGUAAUCCGGCCUCUAAUGGAUUGUAUAAAGAAAGAAGAAAAUCGAGAAAUUCAAUCUUCUGCCACAGACUGCUUCCACAUUCAGCAUAUGGUGCCUUUUAACUUAACAUUCAUCUUCCAUUGUCAUCUCAAGCCCAUACCAACUACAUAUCUUACCUGUAUAUCUCAGCUAACACCAUUAAUGAUGUGUGCUGCAAAUUGUUUAGCAAGGCUUUUGAAAAUGUGUUUAUCUCGAACUCCUAAUCCAAGUGAUAAAGUGAUAAAAAACCUUUGCACAUUCCUGUGUUCAGAUUCAUCAAUAACACCCACUAUCAAAUUAGCACUCAAAGACUCAGAUGAUCAAAAUAAUGAGGUUGGCUGUACUGAAUAUUCUGGUAUUCUUACAUUAACAAACCAACAGAAAACUCCAGAGAAAAACUACAAGAAUUGUCAACAGGCUUCAGCUGCUUCUAAUGCCUCAGUUGAUCUUAACACAAAUGAAAAUGAAGUAAAUGAGAAGUUUUUAGCUAUUCAACGUGUAGGAUCUGAAUGUGCAUUAAGUACCAUAGCACGUUUGUUUCAAGAUGAUUUACCCACUGAGGUUCCUGCUCUUUGGUCUAAUAUUACCUUGAAUUUGAAUGAUAACAAAAUCAAAGAAGCUAAUAGUGGUAAACUAUCAGAAACAGAAUUACAAGAAAUUAUUAACAGUUUGCAAGUUUUGGAAUGUGUAGCUAAUGCACUUAGUAAAUCUCUCUUAUCUCAAGUCCUAGAAUUGCUUCCUGAUUUAAGUGGAUAUCUACAGAACUGCUACACCAGUAUCCGUCACUUGGCUUGUCGUGUUGUUGGUACUCUUGCUCAACUAGAUACACUUUUUGUCAUGACACACAUCAUUGAAGUUGUGUUGCCUUACCUUGGUGUCUCAGAUAAUCUCACACAACGACAAGGGGCAUGUGAAGUUCUAGCCAAUGUUAUUGAUCGUCUUGGAGUAAAUAUAAUUCCCUUUAUUGUACUACUUGUGGUACCUAUCUUGGGUCGAAUGUGUGACCAGAAUGAAGCUGUUCGACUCAUGGCUACUCAUUGUUUUGCAACCCUCAUUUGUUUGCUACCUCUUGAGGCAGGCCUUUCUGACAACCCCAAAAUGAAAACAUCUUUAGUACAACAGAAAGAACGAGAACGCAAGUUCUUAGAGCAGUUAUUAGACAACUCAAAGAUUGAAAAUUAUGUUGUAUCUGUUCCAAUUACUGCUGAACUUCGUAAAUACCAACAGGAUGGUGUUAAUUGGCUGGGGUUUCUGAACAAAUAUAAAUUACAUGGUAUUCUGUGUGAUGAUAUGGGUCUUGGAAAAACAUUGCAGUCUAUAUGUAUAUUGUCCUGUGAUCAUAAUAGACGACUUGAUGAAUUUAAGAAAACUGGUAGCCCUGAUUGUGCCCACUUACCUUCAAUAGUAGUUUGUCCUCCAACUUUGACAGGUCAUUGGAUAUAUGAAAUAGAGAAAUUCAUAUCUUCCAAAUAUUUGAACCCUCUUCACUACACUGGACCACCUGGUGAAAGAGUAAGAUUACAAAAACUUGUGAAAAAACAUAACCUUGUAGUAGUGUCUUAUGACAUUGUCAGAAAUGAUAUAGACUUUUUUGGGUCAAUUCAUUGGAAUUACUGCAUUCUUGAUGAAGGUCACAUGAUCAAGAAUGGUAAAACCAAGCUGUCCAAAGCAGUGAAACAGCUAUGUUGCAACCACCGGCUCAUUCUGUCAGGAACACCAAUUCAAAAUAAUGUGCUUGACUUGUGGUCUCUUUUUGAUUUUCUCAUGCCUGGCUUUUUGGGUACAGAAAAACAAUUUCAAGCACGUUAUGGAAAACCAAUUUUACAAAGUAGAGAUGCAAAGAGCACAUCUAAGGAACAAGAAGCAGGAGCUUUAGCAAUGGAAUCUCUUCACCGGCAGGUAUUACCAUUUAUAUUACGCAGAUUAAAGGAUGAUGUGCUACAAGAUUUACCUCCCAAAAUUAUGCAGGACUAUUAUUGUGAUUUAAGCCCAUUACAGGUAAAACUGUAUGAAGACUUUACACGUUCCCAUGCCAAAAAGAAUGUUGAAAAAAGCGUGUAUUCUUUAGAUGAAGAAUCAACAAAUAAUACAAAGUUAAAUAAUACUUCAACACAAUCACAGAAACCUAACCAAGGUACAACUCACAUCUUCCAGGCUUUACAGUAUUUGCGAAAAGUAUGCAACCAUCCAGCAUUAGUUUUAUCUUCACAGCAUCCCAAAUAUAAUGAGAUUAUAGAACAGCUUUCAGCACAACAAUCAUCUUUACAGGAUAUUCAACAUGCACCAAAAUUGACAGCUUUGAAACAACUUCUUUAUGACUGUGGUAUUGGAGUGACUAGUGGUGGGAAUUUAUCUUCAACAACACCUGUUGUCAACCAGCAUCGGGUACUACUGUUUUGUCAGUUAAAAAGUAUGUUAAAUAUUGUUGAGAAUGAUCUUUUAAAAGCUCAUAUGCCAAAUGUGACUUAUCUACGGUUAGAUGGUAGCAUUCCAGCUGGUUCUCGACACAGCAUAGUUAAUAGGUUCAACAAUGAUCCUUCAAUAGAUAUACUGUUGUUAACAACACAUGUAGGUGGGCUUGGCCUUAAUCUCACAGGAGCUGAUACUGUUGUCUUUGUGGAACAUGAUUGGAAUCCAAUGAAAGACUUACAGGCAAUGGACAGAGCACACAGAAUUGGCCAGAAAAAAGUUGUUAAUGUUUAUCGAUUAAUUACUAGAGGAACUCUUGAAGAGAAAAUUAUGGGAUUGCAGAAGUUCAAGAUGACAAUAGCUAACACAGUGAUCAGCCAGGACAAUUCAACAUUGCGAACAAUGGGCACAGAUCAACUCUUAGAUUUAUUUAUUUUGGAUGUCAAUCAAAGAGACUCUGACAAAGUUAAUUCUAAAGACUUAAAAAAUAGGAAGCAUGCUAACCAGCAAGAAAGUAUUCGUUCCAUAUUAGACAGUCUUGGAGACUUGUGGGAUGAAAAACAGUAUGAAUCGGAGUACAACUUAGAUACCUUUUUAAAGUCUCUUAAUACAUGAAUAUCUUAAAUUAAAAGUAUAUAUUUUUGAGAUCUGUAUUUAGAAAGUAAAUUUCAAGAAAUUCAAUCUUAAUUUCUUCACCACUCUCUCCCUAUCCCUUUCUCAUUCAUACACCAACAUACACACACACAUACACAUACAGAGAAAAGAAGCAAGAUUUUCUAUGAAUUAAAGAGUUUGUUGUAAGAUAUUAUUUUUUAAAAAAAUAUACCAUUGAAAUGAAAUUUUGUAAAUUAUUUUUCA